GCUAUUUCUUCGUUUUCUUGCUGAUCUAUUUGAACACCAGAUGUCUCUUGCAACACCUGUCCCUUCCGAGCAAAGAAGUCAUCAAUCGUCAAGUGUUCCCGGCGCUUUGAGGCCCUGUUGAAGAUGAAUCUCGUCCACCAAUUACAUUGUCGAGGGAUGUCGUUGUGGAUGUCGGGUGGGUCACAGUAGUCAGCUCAUUGUCAGAUAGCCAAGAGGCUUGCGAUGGUUCCCAGUCAAUAUCGUCCUCAGAUGUCUGCUCCCAAGUACGUUCCUGGUCUUCCCCUGCAUCUGUAUGGAUCUGACGAGGUACGAGUUCUUCAAGCCUAUCUUUUUCUGUGCCUUGAAGAUUUGUAUCUGCUGCGAGCGCCACAAGUGACACUGGAUUCAGUGCUUCUUGACCGGGGGUGUCAAUCUGCAGACACGAUGCCAAGUUGAGAUGGUGUCGAGAGCAUGACAAGUCGUUCUAUGGCAGGCGGCACAUCCUCCAUCACAAAGCUUUUCAAGAUAGCAUAAUGGAUCGUGCUCGCAGCAUAAAACCCACAGGAUGUCCAAUCGGGUUGAUCAGCGUGGAACAGGGUGUCACCCAUCCACUUGAAUGUUCCCCCCAGUCGCGCCUCCGCCCACCACUGCACUUUGCGCACGAUUUCGGCAGGGACUAUGAAGCCUUGGUGAUACAAGCUAUCACCUGCAGCACACUUGCAUUGCGAUAAAAUGCUUCUCUUUUGCCAAAAACACCGGAAAGACCAAGCGGCGGUUUUCCGAACGUAGUGUCUGCUCCAGCUUAUUGAGGAACCGCGGCGAUGGUGAUGAAGAGUAAUAGGUCCGGUUCUUGGCCUUUUCGAGCUCAUUCCAAAACUCGAGGCCCACGACGGUAACUUGCGCAUCAACGUUCUCAGUUGACACUUUUUUGGCGACCCAAUGGGCCAUCAUGUCGACAAUAGCUGUACUGACCAUUCUAUUG